CGUCAUCAGAAAUGUCGUCUUGGCAGCCAUUUUUCAAGAAUUCUUGAUUUGCGUUAGUCUAUUUACUUAAAAACUAAGUUGGCGAUAUACAUCAUCUGUUACUCGGUAAUGUAUUGUCGUCGGCUUAUCCUUGGACGAAAUGUUUGUGUGUGUGUCCAACUAACAAGAGGUCUCAAAGAUUUCUACAGUAUGUCGCAAGCCGUGGGCGACAACAAGAAUAAGGUGUACAAGGUGGUCUUAACAGGUGGACCCUGUGGCGGUAAAACAACUGGACAAUCACGCUUGAGCUCCUUCUUUGAGAGUAUAGGAUGGCAGGUUUACAGAUCUCCAGAGACAGCUUUUGUACUCAUGAGUGGGGGUGUAAAGUUCACAAACCUCUCAAGAGACCAGGCCUACAGGUUCCAGGAGAACCUACUAAAGACAAUGGUCCAGAUUGAAAACACGUUCUUUGAUUUAGCCAAACAAUCGAAACAGAAUUGUCUUGUUAUUUGUGAUAGAGGUCUUAUGGAUGCUUCAGCUUAUGUGGCUAGAGAAGACUGGACGAGGAUGAAGAAUGAUAAUAAUUGGGUUGAGGUCGACAUUCGCGACAAUCGUUACAAUCAAAUCAUACACAUGGUUUCUGCAGCCAAUGGAGCUGAACCAUUUUAUACAGUUGCAGGGCAUGGAACACGGCAUGAAGACUUAGACGGUGCUCGGGUGCUUGACGAAAUUACAGCAGGGUCAUGGGUGGGACAUCCCUACUUCGAUGUGAUAGAUAACAGUACAAAUUUUGAAGAGAAAAUUAACCGAAUGAUAUCUGCAGUAUGUAACAGACUAGGAAUAGAUGUGCAAGACCGCCUCAGCUCCAACAGUAAGAAGAGGAAGUUCCUGGUUAAAAAAGUGGGCGAUCUAAAGAAUUUCCCACAGUUCCAGGACUUUAAUGUACAACACGACUACCUUGUUACCCCGAGCCGUAAGAUGCAGGCCAGGAUCAGGAAGAGGGGACAGCACAACACCUGGACAUAUACUCAUACCAUUAGACGACCAGAAAUCAGCAACGAAAUGGUGGAACUGAGGAUGGUGAUAUCUAAUAAGGAUUACAAGAACCUGUUUGCCCAGAGAGAUGAGAGACACUCGUCCAUCUACAAGAAGCGUCGCUGUUUCCUGUGGAACAACCAGUACUUCCAUAUGGACAUGUUUGAAGACACUUGUCCACCAGAGUGUAAAGGCCUUGUGCUCCUGGAGACAUACACUACUAAAACUGGUAGAGACCUCCAAUUACCAGACUUCCUAGAGAUUGAGAAAGAAGUCACCAACAAUCCAAAGUUCUCAAUGUUUAAUCUGUCCUUAAAGGACCCCGCAAAAUUUGAAAGGGAACACCUUAAUUCUGUGACCAGCGAAGACGGCCUGUGACAGGGGAGAUAAUUACGUAUACCAUUGUAACAUUCCCCCCGAUUUUAAUACCAAUACUCGAUGUUGUCGCUAUUCAUGGAGUAGAUUUUCUCCUUGAAACCUCAACUCGUUCACCCCUGAAGACUCAUUUGAACUCUUCCAAU